AUGCUUCCAACAGAGUCUCUUGGGUGGAUUGGCUUUCAAGCACUAAAGGUGCGCUUGGUGGGCCGACUUGCACCGUUUGCAAGUCGCAAAGCAAGCGUAGAUCGUCCCACCAGGAUUCAAAACGACGCUGAUCUAUUGGAUUGCGACCUGCGCGACAUCUUGAAGACAGCAACUUUAGACGUCGACCUAUCAGUCGAGGAAUACCAUGACUUACACCAGAGGGCACAUGGUCUUUUGGUGUCUCUCGAUCAUAUGGUGAAUGAAGAGUUUAUUGGAAGAUAUGAAGAUGACGACAAUUCUCUGGGCGAGUCUCACGAUAUCGCAAAAGUCGGCAGCGUCUACCCAAGGCUAGCUGCCUUGAUGCUAUUCCUCGAUGCAUCAAACCACAACCAAUUCGACUUAUUGAGCGACCCAAGCUCGUCUCUUUUUACCUUGCCUUCCGGAGCGAUCAGAAACCAAGCUGUAAGCCAAAUAGCGGCUUGGAAAGCAGCUUUACAGCGGUUGAUAGCGAGAUCAGAUCAAUCACAGAGCCGACAUGAUGCUUUCAGGCCACAGAUGCGCCCAGAUGAGCCAAAGCCCAAGCUGCAUCAAAAUACCGUGAUGCAAAACCCUGUGGGCAUUGUCAUGGAUGCCAUUUUCAAGGAAUUUCAACAAGUAAAUUGCGGCAUGACACACGAGAUUAAGUUGAGAGUCUUGGAUGAAUCGCAUACAGACUCAAGCCGGCCAAAAAUUGAAAUGCUCAUGUCCUGUUGCCAGUCUGGGUGUGACUGGCAAGAGGCUGUUUGCGACUCUAUUCAGGCGCCGAUGAAUCUCAGGAAGAAAAAUAAUAUUUGCAUCGCUAUUCACGAAACAUGGAAGCAACGUACAAAACUUCGCCUAUUCUUUGACCAGAGAGGACUAUUCGAUAUUACAGACGAGGAGCCGCCGAUGGCCACGUCCCUUCAUGACUAUGAAGAAGAAACUCUGAAUUCGUUAUUCGAUAAAAACAUGUUCCGUCCAAUCAGUCCCGGAGCCUAUCUACAAGGCUUAGCCAUAGAAAGAUUUGAUCACAAAGAAAAGACGUCGCUAGCCUUGGCCCUAGCUAGAUGUCUCAUGGUCUUUUUUGACAAAACCCUUGAGCGCGCAUUUUGUAAUUGGAAUGCUAACAGUAUAUUCAUCAUGCGCUCAGCUCGUUCUCACGGGGAGCCGCCGUGGUGGCAUAUUUUGGUGAGAUCACGUCCUCCUACCUCCAGGCAACCUAAUAUUCACGAUAAAAUCGGCCCUGGCAAUCCAAUUCUCCUGUCAUUUGCCAAAUUGUUGCUGGAAAUUGUCAACGGUGAGCCGAUUAAACUCGAGGUCGAUCCACAAAAUAUUAACAAAAACAUUGGGAAUUGGGCUCAGAUGUGUGGCUACGUGGAAGAGGCGCGACAAGACCGAAACAGCUUCUAUCUUCAAGCUGUCCAAGGAUGUUUGUAUCUACACAUGCACCUACAAAGAGGCCAAGAUGAACAAACUGCUUUGUCAGGGAUCGCCAUGAGAGAGGUCAUAUAUGAACAGAUUGUCCGGAACCUAGAGAAGGAGCUUCAUCCUGAGGGACUAAAGCGGAAACGCCGAGGAUCAUUUUCUGAACCUUCCCAAUCCAACAAAGUAUACAUCACGGAGCCUUUACAACUGGAUAAUCGCCAUGAAGAGAGCUUUACGUCUCGGGUCAUGAAAAACACUCAGAGUAUCUCAUUAUCUCACAGCAACAUAAAGGAUGAUCCGUCCACACGGAUCUUACGACGGAGUACUUCUAACUUUUCUACCUACAAUAGUUCGGAAGCUCUCUCCAAUAAUUUUUUCCGCUCUGCAACCAUGACACCCAUGGCUCCUCCAGACCGCGACCAUUUUGAUGUUGCGAUUAUCUGUGCCAUCCCUACGGAAUAUAAUGCUAUUUGUCAAAUAUUCGAUGAGUUUUGGGACGAGGACGGCGAUCGCUACGGCAGAGCUGCCGGUGAUCUCAAUACCUACACAACAGGCCGCAUUGGGAAGCACAACGUCGUCCUUGCGCUUCUCCCACAGAUGGGAAAGUCCAAUGCUGCAGCCGCAGCCGCUAGCUUCAGAUCAAGUUAUAACAACAUCGAGUUGGCACUACUUGUGGGCGUUUGCGGAGGCGUGCCUCGCACUGAUUCCUUUGCAGAGGAUGAGAUUCUCCUAGGCGAUGUGGUGAUUAGCAGGGCAGUUGUCCAAUACGACUUUGGCAAAGCUUCAAAGAAUAUUCAAGGUCUCUUGAAUACUUUUGAGACUGAUAGGGGACUAAGUCUGCUUCAAAGACAAACGGCCCAGUUCUUGACACAGCUUCAAAACACGGGGCAAAACAAGAAUCGUCGAACACUUAACAAGUACCGAUACCCUGGGACGGCCAAAGACAGGCUAUUUAGACCAGAUUAUCGUCACAAGCAUCGCGACUCACGAGCUAGCACCUGCACUAUUUGUAGCAGUGACACCAAUGCUGUUUGCGAAGAGGCUUUGGGUGAGACUUGCGAGGCGCUGGGAUGCGAAGAGAGCUAUUUAGUCGAAAGGGAGCGUCUCCAGGAAAAACAAGAGCUUGAAGAGAGCAACCACGAGGAAGCACAGGAGCCCGCAAUCCACAUCGGUGCCGUCGCAUCAGGCGAUACAGUUCUGAAGUCUGGAGAGGAUCGCGAUAACAUUGCGGCAAAAGAAGGUGUUAUUGCCUUUGAGAUGGAGGGAGCCGGCAUUUGGGGAGAGAUUCCCUGCAUUAUUGUAAAGGGGGUUUGUGAUUACGCUGAUUCUCACAAGAACAAGAGGUGGCAGGAUUUUGCUGCCGCAACUGCAGCUGCAGCUGCAAAGGCUCUCUUACACAGAUAUCCCAAGACAGAGAAGACGAGAUAUGAAUGA